UCGGUGGUAUGCAACCUGCGUUCGGUUCACUCUCUUGUCCAACGGGUGAACGGGGAAGCAUUUUGAUUAAACGUGUCACGUACGGCGUUGGAAUGUUACACGGGACCUGCCAGUCAGUGCCAUUCUGUGCCGUUACUUACGACUCUGGCGAAAGCGUUGCAAAUAAGUGCAAUGGACAGAACACGUGCUCAGUUAAUGUUCUGAAGCCUAAAAUGUUGAACUGUGGGCGAAUGAGUAAUUACAUUAAUGUUGAGUACGAAUGCGUUUCGACCUGGGCAACUUUCGAAAUAUGCGAGUCCGUCAACACCGUCGCACGUGGUGCGUCCGUUAUUCUGACGUCACCGGGUUACCUGGGCACGUCAAAGGCUGCAGGGAGUGGUUCCCAGAUGUGUGAGUGUAUCUUACAGUCACAUGACGGUGCGGACUUAUACAUGGACUACUUGCAGACGGAAUUAGCCAGCGAGGGUGAAACAUGUCCCUACGAGUUCGUGAUGCUGGAGAGCAAGAAGAACCUCACCCAGCCGUCCAUCGACAAACAGCUGGAGGUGUGCGGUCAGAAGCAGGUGGCGGGUCGCUGGUUCCAGGGCGCCAUCAGGAUCACGUACGCUUCCGGUGGAGCUUUGCAACAGCGGGGAAUGCUGGCCAAAUUUACAGUGGACAACAUUGGAAAUACACCGAUAGUUGAGAUCGAGUGUGGAAAAGUAAACACCACAAAUAUAAAACUACAGUCCCGCCCCGCCAGUCCACAGGCUAAUAAUAUGCCUAAUUUUCCAGCGAUGGGGUUUCCCAUGAUGCCCGGAAUGAUGCCAGGAAUGAUGCCAGGAAUGAUGCCAGGAAUGAUGGGGUUUCCCAUGGCUCAGCUGACGCCGGCGCCCCCGACCUCUAAUUCAGCUCCGCCAGCACCUGGUGUACGUCCGCCACCUUCACACCCAAACCUUGAAAACUUUAACUUCCGGGCCGCCGGGGACGCGAAUUCCGGCAACGGUGGAACAAAAAUCAGUUUACCAUCGGCUAUGUUUAGGAAUCCACCGCCCGCUAACGGUCCGGAUACAGGAAAUGUCGGGGUGAAAAGCGUUUCUGCGAAGUUAGUACCUGAUAAGACCCUAAUAACAGGCGGAAAACCGGCCGCUAAAAAACCAGGAACCCCCCAAAAAGGGAAGAAUAAUAGAGCAGUAAACCGUCAAAAGGUCCCGAAGAAAUCGGGGGCCGGUAAGGUAGUGGAUGAAGCGGGCGUGGCGUCCACCAAGGAGUCAAUACCUAGCGGGAGUAAAACAGGCAACAUGUUUGCCCUGGUGUUUGCCGCCGUCGGGUCUAUCCUGAUCGUCGGCUCCGUCGGAAUACUUGCCCUCCACAACUACAGGAAACGCCAGCGUGCCAAGAAAAUAGAAGCUGAGUAUGUGUAUAGCGGAAGUGGCAGUGCUACGUACGGACAGGGGUGGGAGACUGCAGACUUAAAGCGCGACGAAGACGGUGACUCCGUAUACGCCACUGUAGCGGAAGUGGAUAUGUUCCGCGAGGGAGGCGUCCAUCCGUCUCUCGGUGAACCGACGCUCGUUGGCGCUAAGGUGGUUGAUGCGUGGGUCGCGGGUGUUAAGGCAACGGGCUUGAAGGGUGUCAGAAACGGUUCCGGAAGAACAAUCGAGGAAGAUGAUUAUGAUAAAGUUGUAUUACCUGAGCGGAAGUUCGACUCUCGCGAAGGAAUGAAAAUAAACGCAGCCUCCAACAAUGAAAUGAUUCAAAAUCGAAUUGCUGUCGUCGAUGUUCACCGUCAUUUUAAUGACGUCAGCGAGCGGAGAGAUACCUCCGAGUUUCCUGAAAAAGCUGAAAUGCAUUCUUCCGCUUGCAUGCAUGCAAGCCUGUACGCCAAUCACGAUAAAGUGUUGUCCAAUGAAUGUUCCGGGUGCAAUAUUGUGCGGCCGCCGCGCAAAAAGGAUACCAACCGUGGAUAUGAUAAUAACAUCAGUGUUAAAACGCUGAAGAGGUAUUAAGUAAUAGUAAGAAGUAAAUUCCUGGUGAUUAAGAAUGGACUGAGUGAGCGAAGCGAAUGAGCCCUGAUUUUACAAUUGUUUAUUAAUUGAAUGCGUUAUAGUCGUGAAGUUAUAAUAAUUAUGAGCGUUUAAUAUUGAUCUUUAAACCUUUUUAAGGAGCAUAAGCUUCACGUUUUAAGUAGCUUUUAAAUUGCACUCUCACGGAUUGAUUGUUUUGACAACCUCGGCUAUUUUUUGUCUUAGAAUGAGCUAAUAUUUGGAAAGAUGUCUGUAAACUAGUGAUAUAUGGCUGCUGACAAAAGAGCACACCAAAGUUGUAAAUUUUACACUCGAAAAGUGAUGUUUUUAUGGCUAAAAGCGUUACAAACAUUAAGAAAUUUUUGGAUGUUUCCCAAACAAUGGAGAUCUGUUUUAUUGUGAGUAAUCUAAUAUGACUAAUUCUGAGACAAAAAAAAACAAACAAAAAAACUGUCCAUAACCACUAGUACGUGAUGUUUAGAUGUUUUGAGUAUCAUUUAAAUCAUUAUCAUCAUUCAUCAGAUGUUUGAUAAUGAUAAAUCUAACUAAAUGCUGCACGCAUAGCAUCAUCGCUUUGGUGUAGGAAGACGCAUGUAUGUUUAUCAUUCGGAACUCCUCGGCCAUUUUUUUCAAAAACAACCUCGGAUGUAUGCCGGUACAUCAGUUGAAGUAGUUCGUAAAAUUUUGAAUUAUAUCAUUAUUUAAAUGUAGUGUUUUAGAGUUGUAUUUAUUGAUCUAAGUUUAAAUUGAUUGCCAUUGAAUUGUAUUAUUGCAAACAUAAUUAAGAAUCCCAAGAGUUAAGUCACAGAGUUUAACUGCUAAAUAAAAUUACUACGCGAUCUACUUGCAGCGGACUUAAACGUACCACUUUUUAAGUAUGUAAACUGUCCAAAUACAUCCGAGGUUGUUUUUGAAAAAAAAUGGCCGAGGAGCUCCGAAUGGUAUGUUUAUAAAAAUAUCAUGUAAUAAAACAGUACCAAGCUGUAAAAUAUGCAGCAUAUUUCACAGUAAAUAAUUGUAUAAUAUGAAGUACAUUCGGUAUAGUUUGUAUAUGUCAGUAAUAAGCUAGCAACUUCUUAUAAAACGAUGCCAAAAUUAGAUAGGGUCACAAAGCAUUAAAAUUCAGGAUUAAGAUUAAUGUGACUAUCAGAGAACAAGCUUAUUUAUGAGUCAGAGUCCCUAAGAUGCUCAUCAUUGUUUUAGUUUAUGUACAUAAGUAGAUAUUUAUUAAUAAGUUUUUAUUUAUUAUUUAUUUAUUAUUUUGGUACUCGUAUUAUGUAGAAAAUGGACGCUUUGUAAACAAUGGUGAACAUUUUCCAUUUAAUUCUUUGCUACUGAAGUAAAUGAAAAACUUUUACGCAAUACAAAUUAAUCGACUUUUUUGAACUAACAGUUUCAUCAUUUUAACUUGCACUUUCAUCAUUACAUCUUAUUUUUUCGAAUCCUUUUCGUAUCACUUGGAUAAAUUUCGUUUAAGUGUACUUAGUUUCCUGUACCAUAAACAAUAAAACAAUUUGUCUUUUUUACUUAAAAGUUCGAUUUUUACAAAUGAUUGACUAUGAUUGGUUAAUACUAGUGAAAAGUGGGGGGAUUGUCUCAUUUUUGUGGUUUUUGCGGAUAUCAUUGAAAACA